AUGGCCGCUCUCACGCCGCGUUGGUGCGCUGGGUCGCGGAAACCGCCGCUCGUUCGUCGGAGGCACCGGCUGGUGUGUCGAGCGGGCCCCGGGCCAGACAGGACCGCACAGCCAGUGCUGAUCAUCGGAGGUACGGGCAGGGUGGGGUCAUCGACGGCGGACGCGCUGCUUUCCACGGGCGCGUUCCCCUCGGUGGCCAUUGCCUCGCGCCACGAAAAGAGUGCCGAUGCCGCACGCGCGCGGCGGCCGAAGCUCGCGGACUGCAAGUUCUUCGAGUGCGAUGUCGAGGAGAAGAAGAGCGUGAUGCGGGCGAUCGAGGCGUCCGGAGCCGGCACGGUGGUGCACACUGCGGGGCCGUUCCAGGGGCGGCAAGGAAGCGUCGUGCUGGAGGCCGCCAUCGAAACGGGCGUGUCCUACAUGGACGUGUGCGACGACACCGAGUACUCGCGCCGCGCAAAGAAGCUCAGUGACAAGGCGGCGGCCGCGGGCGUCCCGGCGAUCAUCACGGGCGGCAUCUACCCCGGCGUCAGCAACGUGAUGGCCGCGCACAUGACCGCCAUCGCCCGGCGAGAAUACACCCCCGAGGGCCUCAAGGCCGACACGCCGGACAAGCCCGACGAGGCGAAGCGCUGCCUGUACUCGUACUACACGGCCGGCACCGGCGGCGCGGGCCCCACGAUCCUGGCGACCUCGCUGCUGCUGGCCGGCGAAGACGUCGAGGCCUUCAAGGACGGCGAGAAGGUCGUGCUGCCGCCCAUCAGCAACCGACGCGUCGUGGACUUCGGGCCAGGCCUUGGGCGCAAGAGCACGUACCUGUACAACCUUCCGGAGGUGGCGUCGACGCACGAGCUGCUCGGGAUCCCGUCGGUGUCGGCGCGGUUCGGCACGGACCCCGAGCCGUGGAACUGGGGCAUGUGGCUGGCGGCGCGCAUGCUGCCCAAGGCCGCGCUGAAGGACGCGGAGACCGUGAAGCCGCUCGUCGCGCUCCUGGACCCGAUCGUCCGCCUGCUGGACCCGCUCGUCGGCGAGCGCGUCGCGAUGGAGGUCGAGGUUGAGAUGGAGAGCGGAGUCAUUGCGGGGGGUCUCUACCGCCACAAGAAGCUGUCGGAGGCGGUCGGACAGUGCACGGCGGUGUUCGCGACGCAGCUCGCGUCCGGCGGCACGGCGCCCGGCGUGUGGUACCCGGAGGAGCCGCAGGCGAUCGCAGACCGGCGCGCGCUGUUGGAGGCUGCGGCGAAGGACGCGGAGGCCUUCAUUCUGAACAGGCCGCCGUGGAUGUUCGAGACCGAGGCCAAACAGAUCGGCAUGGGGCUCUACUGGUAG